CACACUCAGCACGGUUCCCCUGAAGGGCGAAUAGGUUCGUCAAAAACCUCGACCAAUUGUGAAAACGGGGAUUAGUUAGAAAUCAUUUAUGUAUUCAAACCCUGAAAACCGCAAAAUCCUAGCUGAUCGGCUUUUGAAGUUACAAGAACAAUUAUGUAGCCUCGUUUUAACCUUAUAUGGCCAUAUAAACAAUUUGUGUCUUCCGCUUCUUUACGGUCUCCCGCGGUUCGAAAUUUGAUUUUUUUCUUUCGCACUCGGGUAAAAAUAUUUCCAAAUAAAACAGCCAAACAGUACUGCAGCGCCCCCAUCGCAAAAUUCUCAAAAUACUCGCAUAAACAAACCUCGCGAUAACAACAAUACCCCCACGCCCCCAGCGCGAAAAAGGGCAAGUACAUAGAAGUACACUUGACCACUCGUCUCUCACAAAAUUGACGGAAUUUUCAGUCUUUCUUGGAAUAUUGUUAAUGGAGCAUAAAAUCAACAUCAAGCUGUAAUUUAGUGCGACGCGCAACUUUGUGAAACUUGAAUGAACAAGACCAUUCUUGUGGUAAUUUUUCAACUGAUUUCUACAUUUUCUUCCUAUAAACUAACGUUGACUAAAAUGUGUGCUUCUUUAUAGUGCAAUAAUGAGACCAAAAAGUACCCAUCAAAGCAAUAGAGCCAAAAUUUGCGCGCCUUGUGGUAGAAAAAUAGUGCUUGGUGUGAAAACGGAGGCACACUUUCGGAUAAAUGAAAAUGUGGAGAAAUUAAUAAAAAAACACCUUACCACCACUUUCAACUUGGCUGAUGAGAGAUUUCCAACUAGUAUUUGUGGGACUUGUAGAAUUGAUCUUCAAAAGCGGGAAAAAAAUAUUCAAUCGAGACUUCUGGAUAUGCCAAAUUAUGAGGACAUUCAACUACGCAGGAAUACACGCGUCCAUAAUGGUGAAUGUAAAUGUUUCAUUUGCUUGACAGCAGCUUUUAAAGGUCAUGUGCCCAACAAAAAAGGGCGAGGGCAUUUUCGAAGUACACCCAAACAGAUACAGACGUCCUGUGAAAAACAGAAUACAUCACGGCCCCCGCAACCAGAAAACGCGAGCAUUUGUAAGAAGUGUUAUCAACAAGUGGGUAAGGGAAAAAGACAUCCAAGUAAUUGCAACAAUCAAGUUGACGAGAAUAUUAUACAAAUUGUGGCUAAAAUACCAGAAAAAAAGCAAGACCAGAUUAUCACGGCCCUUUUGAGACGCAAGCUGGAUAGCCAAACCCACGAAAACCCCGGAUCGGCACAAAGUAAACAUAGUCACAUGUUGAGCACACGUGGAUCAAAGGCGAGAGUUCAGCUUAACCCGCGCAUUGUCGAGGACAUAGUUUUCCCGGAAAAAUCAUUGGAUAAUUUUCAACUGCAUAUGGGCUCAUCGCUCAACCAGAUGGCAAAAUUCACUAAUUUUCUGAGAACACACGUUGGACGAAAAUCCGUUCCCAGCAAUUAUCGUGAACAUCUUGGUAACAAAUCACGAAUCUUGGAAGAUGUCUAUCAAACAGAAAAAUUGUAUUUUGAUUGCGAAAGUGGAGAUAAAAAGUCUGAACGGCCCGUCGUCUAUGGAAAUGCUGAACAAUUGUUAGAUAUAGUUUUAGAAGAGAGGCAGCAAGUGGGCAAUGUUAACAUUAAAGUGAUGGCUGAUGGCGGGCAGAGUUUUUUUAAAAUUUGUAUGAGCAUAAUGGGGAAAGAGGACCAAGAGGACGAAGAGGAACGCGUGAUAAAAAAAAGGAAGCUCUAUUCUGAAGGUGGUAGCACUUCAACGCAGGCGAAGCUUUCUUCAGUGCAUAGGGUGAUCCUUUUAUGCAUUGUGCCUCAAAUAAAAGAAACGUAUGAGAAUAUAAAAUUAUUGUUCGAGAUAACUGAGUUGAACAGCAUUCCGUUCAAAUUUGUGUCCGAUUUCAAGGUCCUUCUCCUCGUUAACGGCCAACAAACAGCCACCUCAACUUACCCUUGCCCCUAUUGCUUUAUUUCUCUCGCAGAAUUGAGGAGUGGAAAAGAUUUGUUUCAAGCCCAAAAUCCCGAUAAUACCAUUGAAGCUGAUAAUUCUAGUCCAAUUUCAAGUCUAAAGACCUAUGGACAUUUGAAACACGAUUACAUGGAUUUCGUUCAGAUUGGUGGAGGGAAAAAGCAAAAUGCAAAAAAUCAUAACAGUACAAUCAACCCUCCACUUUUCAGCGAAGAUGACGAUAUAUUUGUACUCCAAAAAUGCGUGUUACCAGAGUUGCAUAUAUUGCAGGGUUUUGUAAACCAUUUGUUUUGGGAUGGGCUUGUUCCUUUGGUGGGUCGUGAAAGCGCACUCAUCUGGCCAAAAAAAUUGAACCUGGUUUCAAAGACCUACCAUGGUGAAAUUUUUGAGGGCAAUGCGUGCAGGAAACUUCUUGAGGAAGCAGAUAAAUUGUUUGAUUUGGAAAUAUAUGGUAAGGUAGGGAUCUUCGCCGUUACUCCAUAUGUCCAAACAUUCAAAGCUAUGGAUAAUCUUGUAAAAUGUUGUUUUGGUACAACAAAAAGUGGCUCAAACACUUGUCUCCAAAAGUGCAUAGAAGAGGUUAGAAAAAACUACAAAGCAAUAGAAAAUGUAACAGUUACGCUAAAAAUCCAUGUACUUUUGGAACACCUCGAGGACUGUAUCUGUUUUUUUGAGAAUAAUGAAACUUUAGGAUAUUGGUCAGAGCAGGCCGGAGAAUCGAUCCAUCGCGAGUUUCUUUCAUUUUGGAAUAGGUACAAGAUAAACACUAUGGAAAAUGAGGCAUAUAUGAAGAAUUUGCACAAAGCGGUGGCUCAAUUCUCCUCAACCCAUUUAUAGUGAAUAAUAGGAAUCAAUAAUUCAUUUGCAAUUUGCUCUUUUAUAUUCUGUGAUAAAGUAAUGAGGUUAUUUAAUUAUGUAAUUGAAGUCUAGAAAUAAAUUUUCAACCUUCUAAAUGCAAGAUCUUAAACAUUCAAAUACUCCAAUUCCAGGGAAACAAAAAUUAAAAAAAAGUUCUCAUCGGGAUUUGGAGGGCAAUGCGGUUCCCGGACUUCGAGUAAGUAAGUAGUAUGAAAACUUUGUCCAGCGAGCAUUCUCCUGUAUGCCCAGAGGGAAUGAAUCCCUUGAACAUGCUUAAAGUGUCGAAACAUUCCCGGGCAAGAGCACUGGAACGGUGACGGAUGCCUCAAAUAUGCCAUGAGUCCAAUCGUCAAAACGUGGGACCUUAGUUUGAUGGUAACUUGAAAAGCCGAUCAGCUAGGAUUUUGCGGUUUUCAGGAUUUUAAUACAUAAAUCAUUUCCAACCAAUCCCCGUUUUCAGAAAUAGUCGAGGUUUUUGACGAACCUAUUCGCCCUUCAGGGGAACCGUG